ACUCAUUGUGUCUGUGUGGAGACGUCGGGAGGGCCUAGGUCCGUGCGCGGCGCCCUUCGGCCGGCCUCAGCCCCAGAGUCAGCUCCCCUUUCUCGCCCAGCGCCCCCAGGCCGCUCCCGGGGCUCACGGACUAGUUCCAGAACAAAUCAGAGAGCAUCUCCUGGGACAGAAAGGAGAGCACAGACCCUUCUUGGAUCAGCUCAGUUCCCUACACCUGAAUGAUGACUGCUGAAUCAAGGGAAGCCACAGGUUUGUCCCCCCAGACUGCUCAGGAGAAGGAUGGCAUCGUCAUAGUGAAGGUUGAAGAGGAUGAUGAAGAAGACCACAUGUGGGGGCAGGAUUCCAGCCUGCAGGAGACUCCUCCUCCUGACCCAGAGAUAUUCCGCCAACGUUUUAGGCACUUCUGUUACCAGAACACUUUUGGACCUCGAGAGGCUCUGAGUCGACUGAAAGAACUUUGUCAUCAGUGGCUGCGACCAGAGGUCAACACCAAGGAGCAGAUUCUGGAGCUGUUGGUGCUAGAGCAGUUCCUUUCCAUUCUGCCCAAGGAGCUCCAAGUUUGGCUGCAGGAAUAUCGUCCCGAUAGUGGGGAGGAGGCCGUGACCCUUCUGGAAGACUUGGAGCUUGAUUUAUCAGGCCAGCAGGUCCCAGGUCAAGUUCAUGGACCUGAGAUGCUUGCAAGGGGGAUGGUACCACUGGAUACAGUGCAGGAGUCUUCAAGCUUUGACCUUCAUCAUGAGGCUACCCCGUCCCAUUUCAAGCAUUCAUCUAGGAAACCACGCCUUGUACAAUCACGGGCUCUCCCUACCACUCAUGUUCCUGCCCCUCAUCAGGAAGGUAGUCCCAGAGACCAGGCAAUGGCAUCUGCACUAUUCACAGCAGAUUCCCAGGCAAUGGUGAAGAUUGAGGACAUGGCCGUGUCCCUCAUCCUGGAGGAAUGGGGAUGUCAGAACCUGGCUCGAAGGAAUCUCAACAGGGACAACAGGCAGGAAAAUUAUGGGAACGUGUUUUCCCAAGGUUGUGAAAACAGGAAUGAGAAUGAGGAAUCAACCUCAAAGGCUGAAGUCACAGAAGACUCAGCAUCACAUGGGGAGACAACAGGAAGACUGCAGAAAGAGUUGGGAGAAAAACGUGAGCAGCAGGGCAGAAUAGUAGAAAAGCAGCAGAGGAACCCUGAGGAGAAGACUGGAAAAGAAAAGAGAGAUUCAGGGCCGAUCACAGUGAAGGAAAAAAAAACAGCCACAGGAGAGAGAGGUCCAAGGGAGAAGGGUAAAGGAUUGGGAAGAAGUUUCAGUCUAAGUUCAAACUUUAACACCCCUGAAGAAGUUCCAACAGGAACAAAGUCUCAUAGAUGUGAUGAAUGUGGUAAAUGCUUCACAAGGAGUUCAAGCCUUAUUCGCCAUAAAAUAAUCCACACUGGAGAAAAGCCCUAUGAAUGUAGUGAGUGUGGGAAAGCCUUCAGUCUCAACUCAAACCUUGUUCUGCAUCAGAGAAUCCACACAGGAGAGAAACCUCAUGAAUGUAAUGAGUGUGGCAAAGCCUUUAGUCAUAGUUCAAAUCUCAUUCUACAUCAGCGAAUCCACUCUGGAGAGAAACCUUAUGAAUGUAAUGAGUGUGGGAAGGCCUUCAGCCAGAGCUCAGACCUUACGAAACAUCAGAGAAUCCACACAGGGGAAAAACCCUAUGAAUGUAGUGAAUGUGGAAAAGCUUUCAACCGAAAUUCAUACCUAAUUUUGCAUCGGAGAAUUCACACCCGAGAAAAACCUUAUAAGUGCACUAAGUGUGGCAAGGCCUUCACCCGGAGCUCAACCCUUACUCUGCAUCACAGAAUCCAUACCAGGGAGCGAGCCUCUGAAUACAGUCCAGCCUCCCUGGAUGCAUUUGGGGCAUUCCUGAAAAGCUGUGUGUAAAACAAGUAUUUGUCAACAAGCCAUUUCCCCCUUUUGUUUCAACAGUUGUUUCAGAGAUGUGUGGCCAUGGAGGGGAAAAAGAAAGCCUCAACAGAUUAAAAGAAAAAAAAUCACACUUAAGGAUCCUUACAGUUAGAUCAGCAGUGUUCUGCAUUUGUGUAGUCUGUGGGCAUGUAAUUCUUCCACACAGCCCCUGCAGAGAAAAGGUAAUCAUGUGGCUAAUAACAUGAUCCUUCCACUCAAGAUGUAAGCAUGCUCACAGUAAAACGUCUAGCUUUUCAGUAAUGAGGAUACCUCUAAGGCACUGUUACACUCACAGCCACAGUGUAUAAUAGAAAGAUGAAAAUUGGCUCUGUGAACAUCAAGAAACUGCUUGCUGCAAACAAGCCUGACUUGGCCAGUGUCUUACUGUACCUUGUUUCUCAUAAAAGAGGGACAGUUAAAACAAAAACUACUUUGGGACCUGCUGCUCAAACUAGUUAAGUUAUAUAUAUGAUCACUGGUAGCCUGCCAAAGCUAUAGAAAUCUAGGACUGUGCUGAUCAGUAUCAAACCAAAGAUUUCUAUCUCUUCCUGAAAGAGAGGGUACGUGCACCAGUCUACAGUUCCAAAGGACUCCAACACAUGUAGAUGGUUCUAUCCUCAUCACUGAGAUAAAUUCCAAAAUGGCAAAAGCGAUUCAAAACACUUCUUUCCUUCUCAAAAUUCCCUAAAGCACUAUGGCACUCCUAAAUGGGUUUCUCCACAAGUUAGCACUUGAUUGUAUACUGUCUUAUAAUCCUUCAUUAUUUUAUGUAUGAAAGUUUUCAUCACUCCCAAAGGAGAUGGUUUGAUCAUCAAGGGAUAUAUUUAUAGUUCCAAUAGCACUGGACAAAGUGCUGGACAUGAGCAAGGCAUUCAUUAUACCUGACUUCUGACAGGACUUUACAUUUAUGGUAAAGCCCUGUCUGUGCACCAGAAGCACCUGGAAUAUGGUAGCCUGGCUCAACUUUUGAAGGGAACCUUCAGAUACUGGCAUGUUCAUAAAGCUCUAGGGUCAAUUUUUUGCCCUAAAUAUGAAGGAAAGGUGGUAGUUGGCCACCUAUGUAUAAACACAGAUCAGUGAAUAAAAACCCUGAAAUGUCAGAAAUUAAUAUUGUCAUCUUGAAGAAUAUCAACACUGACAGGCCAUUUUCAACAUCUUUCUGUGUGGUAAAGAUCUUAACCAGAAUUUUCAUCUGUCAGCUGCUGAACAACGUAGUGAUUUGAGCACUUUCUGAAUCAUUUGUGACUUCAGAUAAUAACAGUUCAAAAAUGUGAUUUUUGCGGGGUCACUUUUCAUAAAAGAAGUUGUAGGCAGCAUUUUUCCACACUUUCCAGAAACAUCACAAAAGCAUUUUACAUCAUAAUGUGUUUGUUGCUCUGAGAAGUUCACCAACAUGCUAAGAUGUGGUUGAUUGUGUCAUAGUGACAGUACACAGUCUCUUUUUUGUUUCUCAUCACUAAAGCCUGAGAUGAAAUUAUGAGACUGACCUUUUCUGUCAUCUGUGCAGGAGGAUGCAGUUGACUGCCUAGAAGCUAACGAUAGAGUGGAGACCUAGGUAUUGUGGAAAAUAGGUUGUCAUCAGGGACUUUGGGAGAGGUGCCAGUGCUCGUGAGAACAUGCAAAUGGUGGGGGCCAGCCCCACUAGAAACGCAGACUAGAACGUAAUAGGAGAACCUCACAUAGAGUUUGAAAUUUUCCAUCAAGAGACAUCAUUGUUCAGUUCACUAACCAAUGCUUAAGUCCAAGAGACAUUGUGGCUUUAUGAGAAGCCAUUGAGGUAGGGACAGAUGUGACCAGCUCUAAGAUUCUGCACAGCUGUAAUUCUUAUGGCCUCUAUAAGUUGGACCAACCACAACUUCCUUACUGCUUCUAAACAGUUUCAUCAGUGUUGCCUGUGAAAACUUUCAAGGAAGCCAAUUGGUGAUCAGAAUAUUUCUGUACUUCUAAUUUAAGAAAAACAGAAGAGCUACUCCAGAAGAGUAUAUUGAAGUAGCUUUUGUAGUAAAUGAAGAUAGAGGAAUUGCUUUUAAGAUUUUCUGUAAGCACAUUGAUGUUUUAGGAAACUGCUUGUGCUUUUGAGUAACGUCUUGCUGCUAAGCUGAAAGCAGUGAGGUGCUUAACUCCUGGAACUGAUCAAAGUGCUGACGGUUGUUAAGAGGGAAUGAACUCUGGUUGGUCCCACAUUGGCCUUUUUUUAGCCGCAACUACAUGCUGACAUAAUAUAGCUGUCAUUUUUGGGUUUUUUUAAAUAGAAGUUAAAUAUAACCUGUGCCCCCACAUUUAACUCCCAUUUCACCGGGACAUUGUAUUGACUGUGGGAGAGUUACUGGGUUGCUGUAGAUCUUCAGCUGUUUGAAGAUAGGUCUUCUGAAGAAAAGAAGCUUAUGCUGUUUAUUAAAAGCAUUUGCAUUGUAUUCAUUUAUCAGAUACUCAGUGCAAAAUGUCACUGGAUUAAAAUCAAAAAGGCUUACAAAAUCUAAUCAGCAUUCAGGAUAGUCAGAAGUUUUGACUGGCCAAAAUCUGUUAACAGUUCAAGUACUCUGUAGUUAACCAUUAGUAUAUUAGCCAGCCUAAUGAAAGUUUCUGAAGGAUUUUAAAAAAUGUACCUUAACCUCGCCAGGAAGAGAAGUAAAAUUCAAAUUGUGAGCUAUUGUUUUUACUGCAACCUGGUAGGUAAGGCUAAAGCCUAAGAAUGUAUGUCUGAGGCAUCUUGAUAAGUAAGGCACUUAGUGUUUUAUUAAAGGCAUACAAAUCAAACUUGCUAAAUUUAUACAGAGAUUGACAUGUUUGAUAGGAGACAAUUCACAUCUUACAUCAGAAUCCAUUCCAGAAAGAAACUUCUAGUAUUUGAUAAACGUGGCAUAGCCUUUAAUCACAUCUCAGCCCUUAGCAUCAGAAAGCUUAUACUGUAUAUAAACUAUUAUUAUUACCUGUGAGGAAAACUUUCAUGUAUAGCACUCACUGCUUUGGAAAGAAAAUGAAUUCCAUCAGUAUGUUCCAAUCAUGUAAUGAAUUCAGAAACACUGCAGAGGAGGCUCAAUCUUAACUCCAGAGGAUCCACAGAAGAAAAAUGUGGGGAAAUGCUAAAGAAAUAGCAAAAUGUACUUCUUACAAACUUUGUUAAUGUGGGUACUUCUACAUAUUUUGUAUGAUCAUAUUGUCAGUGUCUGUGUUUGUGCCCCCAACCCCUGUUGUUCUGUAUAUUCCCUGUAAACAGAUAAUGUAUUUUAUUUUAAUCUAUGACAACAUCACUCCAAAAAGACAUAGUUUUGGAGUGAGUAGUGAAGAAGUCGACGUGGUUAUAGACAAAAAGUCAGUUCACAGAACUGAGGAGGGAGAAUGAGGGGAAAAGCUUCACGGUUUGGUGCUUAUCCAGCCAGAGAGGAUAAGUAAAUUCACUAGGAAAAAAAGGUUAAUAGGGAACUAAAAUGAACGAUCCUUGGGUCAUCCUUUCAGCCACAGGAUGAGUUUUCUGAGCGUGUUGGGUGGAGUCCUACAUGAAUAGAGCAGAGAGUGCACAGGAGAGGCCAGCGGGACCACUUGUCCGGAGUCUUUAAACCAUGUUCUGCUUCUCAUACCAACUUUUAAAAUCUUUAUGCUUAGAAAAUGUGAGAUAGGGAAAGGCUAUUUCUGGAAAAUAGAUGGUGUCUGACUUUACAGAAAGUUCUAUAAGUCCUGAGGAGUGUUUUUUAUAGUACACUCUUGGGCUGCGUACCUUCCCUGCACCCACUUACUGCCCGCUGAGCUUACGAUUAGUAGAGUGGGUUUGGGAAGAUCCAUAACUGUGAAAUAAUUUCUAAUUUCAUCUUAAUAGUUACUUUUGUUCCAUGGUCUGGUCAUCCUGAUGUACUUACCUAAAGCUGGUAACCACCACCCUUGUAGAAGGUUCAUAUGUGAAUUGAGCAACAGUUAACUGUAGUCAGUGACAGCAAUACUUGCCAGAGGAGCCAUAGUCUUAUGUCCCACUCUGAGCAGCUUCUCAGAAAAUUUAAGAGGGGACCUGGUGUCCCCAUCUGGGAAACCAAAUGGAGGUCUGCAGAUUGCAAAGUGAAAUACAGAAUCAGAGAAAAGGCAAUGGAGUGGUAUAAAUAGAUCUUUUCAUCAACAUUAGAAUAGAUUUUUUUUAACUGCUGGAGAAUUUAAUAAUUAUUUGAAAGGUUUUCAUAGCAUAGAUUUAGGUUUCAUUUUUAGAAUGGACACUACAUGUAAAGGCAGUUGCUUAUUUUGCUAUUCAGAUUCAUUUUUUUAUAUCUAAGAAAUAUCUCUUUUCAAAGCUUUGUAAACAAAUUUAUACGGAGGUAAGCCAUCUCCAAGUCUGCAGAUCAAACAAAAGUUUGGGAAUGCUUUUCUCAGAACACAGAAUCUCUCAGCAUAAGUUUCAUAUGGUCUGGUUCUAUUUAAGAGUGGAUGUCACAAAUGUUUUUCUGUUAUCCUAAAACAGUGAAAGAUAGAGUGGGCAUUAGGUUGAUGUCUAAGCAGUAGCCUGCUAUUCAAAGUUUUGUUUAUUUGAUGUUUGAGAGUUUCACCUUCCUUGACUGCAGAAUCACAACUCACUUCAGAUUCCGCAUAAAGCAGCUAAGUUCAUUGGCUUUCCCCUUUCAGUGAGCACUUAGCAACACAGCUGAGUGUUUUAAGACCUGAAGAAUGAGCAAUUGAACAGUGUUACUGAAACAAGGAUUUCAUUCCAGUUUUAGAUUUGGCUUUUAAAUUCCUUUGGUUCAGGGGAGGAACAAGGCAGCUACGGUUGCCCUGAAUUGCUACCUUGUAGUCUCCCAACAAGGUUGUAUGGGAGGAAGGGGCAGCUGGGAGGGAAACUGACAGCGCUCGCCUGCUAGCUGAGGCAGAGUGACUAGGCCUGCUGGGGGUGUGUGGGAAUUAGGUACCCUUUGCCUUCCCCUUCAUCUCUACCACGUGAUAGUUGAGCGUUUUAGUCAGCCACAACAAGGACAAAGCAUAUGAGACUUAGAGGUGCUUCUGUGGUAGCAGGGGUCCUUACUUGAAAACAGAUGAUGGAGGUGGGAAGGGAAGAAGCGGAUUAUGAUUAUGCAGGAAUAUCUCGUUCUAAAAAUGUGUGAGUUGAGAGGUGGGGUGUGCGAACAAAGUCAGCAAUUACUUUAAAAUGUAUUUUUACUAACUUUUAGUUAAAUAUAGAUUAUUGCAACCAGGUCAAAAUGAUAAACCUAAAUUUAUAUAGAGAGCUAACUCAGGCAUUGUCUAUCUGUAGACUGGAUAAAACAGCCUUUCCUGUUUUGUCAAUUCUUAGUUUCUUAAUUUAGAUUAGAUCAAAAGAAACUUGUCUUUGUAUACCUGCAGAAUUAAGUUAUUGCUGUUAAAAACUGGACUGUUCAAUUCAGUAGUCUCCGAAGAGCCCAGAUGCUUGGUAGAUAAAGAUGUUCAGUAAAUUUUGAAGUUAAAUAUGUUCAUUUAAAAUCCUCAUUAACUUUCUAGAAAGACUUCUUAAUAAACAGUGGAAUCUUAGAGGAAAAGUGGUUUGGUUUUUUGAGAGCUAAGGAACUCCUCCAUUAACAGUUUGAACCCUGAUCAGGGGCUAAAGUUUCAAUUAUGACAAAUGGCAGCAAAACAAAAUUUAUGUGCAGUUGUCACAAUGGUUCAUUUUAAGGGACCAGUGUUGUCCAACAAGUAUUAGGGUAGAGAGAUUGGAGAAGGAAAUCGUGGGGAUUUAUUAUGACUUGUUAUUCUGUUGUUUAUUUUCUGGGUCAUGGUAAAACAAUAAAUUAUCUCUAGGUGGCAA